AUGACGGAUAUUGUCAUCUCGCCCGCGGUCUUAGCCGUAUGUAACCGCUUUGAUGCUUCCAAUGACCUCGUACUGGAGCACAUGAACGCAUUCCUGGACUUUUCUCCUAAGUGGACGCUAACGCGCGCUGUAAUAUUUGGUCACCUGCACCUCGUGCAACGGAUAAGUCUCCGCAACCCGAGGAAAUUUCAGUGCUGCUGUCAAGAGGCUAUGGACUCGGCUGCCGAAUUCGGUCACUUGGAGGUGGUGAAAUGGCUGCAUAUGAAUCGUUCCGAGGGCUGCACGACGGACGCUAUGGACAUGGCAGCUUGUAACGGCCAUUUGGGGAUUGUCCAGUGGCUGCACGAGAACAGGACAGAGGGAUGCACUAGCAACGCCAUUGACUUUGCAGCGCAACAAGGUCAUUUGGAGGUGGUACAGUGGCUGCAUUUUAAUCGGAAGGAAGGAGCUACCCAUUAUGCUAUCGACAAUGCUGCAACGCAAGGACACUUGAACGUGAUCCAGUGGUUGUACGCACAUCGAGAGGAAGGGUGUUCUCAGUCGGCAGUGGUGAAUGCUAUUAAUGCAGGACACGAAGACGUGGCCAAGUGGCUAGCAUUCAAUUGCAAGAACGAUUGCGCAUGCAGGAUAGGAUUUGUUGAGUAUUUGGCGCGACGAGGCUACUGGGACGUUGCUGAUUUAAAGGAUAACCAUUCAUAUUUGAAGGAACUCGUCGAUGAGCUGGUGCUUACGGAUGAUGAAGACGAAGAGGAGUUGGUAAUUGUACCACAGACACAGGAGAGAGAGUUUUUAAGACGGUGGAGCACAGACAUGCGCCAGCAGUAG